UAUAUAUAUAUAUAUAUAAUGUGUGUGCGUGUGUGUUUAUAUUGUUUAAAUAAUAUAUUAAAACAAGAAUCGACCAGCACAAACUUUAGUUAAAAAUGAGCUGACUAAAUCGACAUCAUUAAAUUUUUCUAGUCUCACGAACUCUUGCGAUUGGUGGUUCACUUCACUGGUUAAGACUAUGUAUCAAAAUUAAACAGAAUUCAGUUGAAUUUUCUAUUUCUAAGAUAAACAUCGCAGAAGCAGAAAUAGCUCAUAUAUGGCUAUGCAUUCCGUGCAGUAUUAUUCUCUCCAACAGCGUCCGUCGUUGUGAAGACAAAAUUUAGGACAUUUUGUUAUUCUAAAGUGUUCUCUUGAAGCCUAGUGACGUUGCCAUAUGGGAGGAUAUUAACUGUCUUUAAUGUGCUGUUUAUUCAUCACUUACGUAAAUAUAAUAUGGAUCAGACGAUGAGAGCGAUACUACUUCUCCCGGUCUUGGCAUUGCUCACCAGAACUCACGCUCAUCUUGGUAGCUGCGAAGAUCACUUCUUCGAAUGCCCAACAUGGCAAUAUUUUGGACGCUGCGACACGCAUCUGGAAUUCAUGGCGAAGAAUUGUCCUCACUCGUGCAACGUUUGCGUGGAUCCUGGAUGCUUCGAUCGUAACCACCUUUGUGGAGCCUGGACACAGCAGGGAUUUUGUCGCACCUCCCGACAGGUGCAAGCAGCGUGUCCACACAGCUGUGAUAUUUGUCAGCUGCCGGAAUCUCUUCUGCCGAAAACCAUCACUAAGCCAGAUUUUGACUGCGGGAGGCCAGUGUCGAGUUCCUUCAUCAGAGGAAAGAGGCAAAUCAUUUUCCCCGGUGAACCUGGGUACUCUGUUUCUCAGCGAGAACAGCAAAUUGGACGACUAACAGUUCCAGCCCCAAUAGGUAUUGAAGGCAGGACUCCCUUGAGGAUUAGCGUGAACGACGCGUUCUGCGGAGCAACAAUCAUCCACGAACGGUUCCUAAUCACAGCUGCUCAUUGUGUGUUCAGCCAAGAGAGACCGCCUAUAAUGGUUCGUGUCGGUGAGUUGGACUUCUCAUCUGACAACGAAGCGCGGUCUAGACCAGCUGAUUACAGAGUAAAGCGCGUCAUAGUUCAUCCGAAGUUUAAGCGCAAUUCCCUAGAGCGCUAUAACGACAUAGCCAUCAUUGAGACUGUGGAUAAGAUGCAGUUCAACGACGUGGUCUUCCCGCUGUGCCUUUCUGACAGAAGGCCAUCUGUGGGGUCCAUCGCAACUGGCUCUGGCUUCGGCUUGGUAAACCAGACUCAUCGUUCAACCCACGCACAGGAAGCUGAUCUUAGGAUAUUAGACUCAAGACUUUGCGAGGCUCGGUACGCAAGCGAGGGUCUGGUGACACUAUCAGGCACCAGUAUCCUCGGUUCAUACAGACAUCCGACAUUAUCUGUGCUGCCUUUCCCGGUACAGAUGCCUGCCAGGGCGAUUCAGGGGGACCCCUGUACCAGGACGCCAACGGGCGGCGUUACUUAGUUGGCGUCAUAAGUCAAGGUAUCCCUUGCAGUGGACAAAGUUAUACCUUACCUGGAUUCUACGUUAGCGUCGCAGACCACAUCGAUUUUAUCAAUCAUGUCAUCUACCCGAGUAGUGCUUAAGAGCUAAUUCAUUUCGCUUAACUAAGGAGCCAGAUAGGGUAUGCGGUCAUUCGCGUAUUUUGUCAUGCUCUCUGAAAUCCAAUGUAAAUGAUCCGAUUGAACUUCUAGCAUCGUUAAGACUUUUUAAGUACAGUUUAUAGUAACAGGUAAGUUUGGGUCCAACUUCUUCGGAAAUAAUUUUGACAAAUGACGCCAAUGACGGCCGAACUCCAGAUCUCAAUUAGGCCUAGUGUGUCAGCCUAUACUCGGUUUUUUUCCAUCUGUCCAUCCGCCUGUGGUGUUUGCGUCAGGUAACACUGCGUCCCGGGCUUUAGAUAGUUACAUUCAGCUUACAUUCAACAAUAAUAACAAUAUCCUAUUUCGAAUAUUAACAGUGUAAUUCGCAUACAGUAAAUUAUUAAAACACUUUUCAGUUGCAAAUGUACACCCAGAUAUCCUUUUAUUUACCUAAAACUUACACAUAGCGUAACUAUUUACAGCCCGGGACGCAGUGUUACCAUACAAAAACACCACAGGCGGAUGGACAGAUGGAAAAAAACAGAGUAUAGUUGGUGUGGUGAUAUGUUUUUGUAAGUGAAGAAUCUGAAAAUUAAUUAAAAUUCCACUAUUUCUUUGUUUUGAAGUGUUGGCUAAUCCAAUGCGUAAUCUCCUUAGCAGAUGUAAUAAAAGACAGUAAUAAUCCA